CUAGCUGUCGCUGUCAUGUGCUCUUGGCGUGAAUCCUGCAACAGAACAAACGGAAACGAGAUGAGUCGAGCGAAGGUGUGCGAGGCGAAUCUGACGAUGGAGAUCGCUCAGCUGCUGUUGUCUCUGCUGCAUGGCUGGGGCAUCGAUCCUGAGUUGGACUACGUCUGCGAGGGCAAGCUCGGUCUGCUCAGGCCAAUGGUGCCUGUCUCGUUCGGAGUUCUCUCAAAAGGAGGUUACAUGAGUCUUCUUUUGCCGACUUGUCAGCUGCUGAAAAUGGAUGCUGUGAGGCAAAGCAUCCCGAGCUCGUUGGAGGCCGACUUGCCGCGCGAAAUGGUGGAGCUGGAAAGAGCCACUCGCCUCUUCACUGAGCAAACCCACUGGGAGCUCAGCACAACUGUUACCACAAACCAUCUUCUAGCCAUCAUUGCUCUGUCCAAUACCCUUAUGUCGAUGAACAAUGCAUCUUUUGUCGCUGAACAGGAGAGAAAUCGCAAAUUACAAAGAAAGGUGCGUGAGGCGGCUCAAGCUCUGCUACUCGCCGAGCUGGGCCGCAUCGGAACCAAAGGGAGGAAAGCGCUGGUGGAUGCCUGGGCACAAUUUCUGCCCGUGUUCGAGAGUGAGGCCAAGAAUCAGCCGGCCAACAUGCAGCCAUCGCCGCCCCAGCCUCAAUCGCCCCAGGAUGGAAACGGCCAUGAUAGCAAUCCAACGAGUACACAUGAAGAGGAAGACGAGGAGGAGGAAGAAGGAGCUGAAGAGCUGUGCAUCAGGAAACCGUCUUCAAUGUCCGAGCUGAAGCGCAAGGAGACGACUGCAGUGGUUCUGCUGGGAGUGAUAGGAGCCGAAUUCGGCCAGGAUGUUGGCGAAGGCACGAAGACUCGACGCUCCGAGGACCAGAGGCGCAAGAGCUCUGUUGUCGAAGGCUUUGGCAUCGGAAAUAACAAUCUGGCUCGACUCACAAGUAUAGCCUUGACACGUCUACUGUUGACUCCACCGUCGCAGCGAUUCCCCGCGCACACCCCUCUGCGCAGAGCUGCAAUCGAUCUGAUUGGUCGAGGCUUCACUGUCUGGGAGCCAUACAUCGAUGUCAGCAAAGUCCUUCUCGGCUUGCUCGAGCUCUGUUGCGAUGCUGACAAACUCGUUCCAAGUAUGAGCUACGGCCUGCCGCUGACCCCAGCAGCCGACUCGUGUCGGACGGCGCGUCACGCUCUCACUCUGAUCGCCACCGCACGCCCCGCCGCUUUCAUCACCACCAUGGCCAGAGAGGUCAGUUUCAUUGCGUUUAUUAGUUUUUAUUGUCGAUAG